GCGCUGUCAAUGUAGGCGGAGUUUAAACAACUACUGUACAUUUAAAAGGCACGCAAAUUUAUUAAUUCCUCAGCUGCACUAAGGAACGUUGCGAGAAGAACGAUGUUGAAACUGACAGUAUGCUUAGCACUGGUGACCCUGGUUGCUUGCUCGCAGUGCCCCAACAGUGAAGUCUGUGAGGCAGGCCAGUCAUGCUGCCAUGCUCCCACCGGAGAGUUCAGCUGCUGCCCUUUUCAUCAUGGAGAGUGUUGUGAGGACCAUCUCCACUGCUGUCCUGAGGGCAUGUUGUGCCAAGUUAUGGAGUCCACUUGUUUGAAUGUCUCACUUUCACUGCCAUGGGCAGAGAGGACACCUACUAAACAGAAAGGCCUUCCCAAAUCGUUCAGAAUGAUCCCCUCGUUACCUGCAAGUGAAAAUGACAUCAUCUGCCCUGACGGUUCCUGCUGUCCAGCUGAGUUCUCCUGUCUGCUGUUGGCUUCAUCAUAUGGGUGCUGUCCAGUGGCACAGGGCAUUGUGUGCUCCGAUGGGAAACACUGCUGUCCAAAGGGCCAUGAGUGCAGUGCAGACAGCAGUUCCUGUGUCAAACACAAAGAACCAGUUGAGACUGUUCUUUGCAGAGAUGGGAAGUCAGAGUGUCCCAUGGACAGCACAUGUUGCAAGACAGCGAUGGAUGAUCAAUGGGCAUGCUGCCCCAUGCCAAGGGCUGUAUGUUGUGACGACAAAGUCCACUGUUGUCCAGAAAACAGUGUCUGUGAUGUCAAAAGCUCCAAAUGCUUGUCCUCAACCAAUCAGGAGCUGCCGAUGUGGGCCAAGUUCCCUGCUCGCCUCAGGGCUAAAUGGGAAGAUCACAAGCUCUCAACAGCUGUAGCUGUUACUCCAGAAAGGAGCACAGAAGAUGAACCCACUACAUACGGACAAAUUACUACUGCCCUCAACCAAAUGACUACACCAUCCAGUGCAUUCUCAGAGAAUUCAAACUUUAAUGUUCCUUGCAAUGACACUGUGGCCUGUCCAGAUAAUACCACAUGCUGUAAGACUAAAGAUGGAGGAUGGGCCUGCUGUCCUCUGCCUGAGGCUGUGUGUUGUGAUGAUUUUAUCCACUGCUGUCCUCAUGGUACAAAAUGUAGUGAUACUGCUGACACAUGUGAGGACCCUUCAGGCUCUGUGCCCUGGUUUGAGAAGGUGUCUGUGCGACCAAUCAGCAGUCAAAAAGUAGUAGCCACACAAGUGCCUUUUGUAUAUUCCAACAAUGAUGUUCCCUGUAAUGACUCUGCAGCCUGUCCAGAUAAAACCACAUGCUGUAAGACUAAAGAAGGAGGAUGGGCCUGCUGCCCUCUGCCAGAGGCUGUAUGUUGCGAUGAUUUCAUCCACUGUUGUCCUAAUGGUAAGAAAUGUAACGUUGCUGCUGGGAAAUGCGAGGACACUUCAUGUUCUGUGCCCUGGUUGGAGCAGAUGCCUAUGCGGCCAAUCAGCAGUCAGAAUAUGACUGAGACACAAAUGACUUCUAUGGAUUCCAACUCUGAUGUUUCCUGUGAUGACACUGCGACCUGUCCAGAUAAUACCACAUGCUGCAAGACUAAAGAUGGAGGAUGGGCCUGUUGUCCUCUGCCAGAGGCUGUCUGUUGUGAUGAUUUCACCCACUGCUGUCCUCAUGGUAAGAAAUGUAAUGUUGCUGCUGGGUCAUGUGAGGACCCUUCAGGCUCUGUGCCCUGGUUUGAGAAGGUGCCUGUGAGACCAAUCAGCAGUCAGAAGGUGGCUGCCACACAAGUGCCUUCUAUGGAUUCAAACUCUAAUGUUCCUUGUGAUGAAACUGCGGCCUGUCCAGAUAAUACCACAUGCUGCAAGACUAAAGAUGGAGGAUGGGCCUGUUGUCCUCUGCCUGAGGCUGUGUGUUGUGAUGAUUUCAUCCACUGCUGUCCUCAUGGUAAAAAAUGUACUGCUGACAUGUGUGAGGACCCUUCAGGCUCUGUGCCCUGGUUUGAGAAGGUGCCCGUACAACCAAUGAGCAGUCAGAAGUUAGCUGACAAACAAGUGCCUUCUAUGGAUUCAAACUCUAAUGUUCCUUGUGAUGAAACUGCGGCCUGUCCAGAUAAUACCACAUGCUGCAAGACUAAAGAUGGAGGAUGGGCCUGUUGUCCUCUGCCUGAGGCUGUGUGUUGUGAUGAUUUCAUCCACUGCUGUCCUCAUGGUAAAAAAUGUACUGCUGACAUGUGUGAGGACCCUUCAGGCUCUGUGCCCUGGUUUGAGAAGGUGCCCGUACAACCAAUAAACAGUCAGAAAGCGGCUGACAAACAAGUGCCUUCUAUGGAUUCAGAAUCUAAUGUUCCCUGUGAUGGCAUUGUGGCCUGUCCAGAUGAAACCACAUGCUGUAAGACUAAAGAUGGAAAAUGGAGCUGUUGUCCUUUUCCAGAGGCUGUGUGUUGUAAGGAUAAAUUCCACUGCUGUCCCAAAGGCACCACUUGUGACCUUAUAACAAUCAACUGUAAUAACAGCAGCAUAUCUGUGCCUAUGUCAGUCAUAAUCCCUGACCACAGACAGGAACAGCAAAAGGAAGUGAAAAAUGGAGUGGGUGGAAAGGGAAAUUACAGUGGCAGGGUUCCGUGUGAUGCUCAUACUUCCUGUCCAGAUCACACUACUUGCUGUCUUAAUGCACAAACCAAGAAAUGGGGCUGCUGCCAACUGCCUAAAGCUGUGUGUUGCAACGAUGGGGAACACUGUUGUCCAGCUGACUAUCAGUGUGAUGAGAGCCAGGUGUCCUGCAAAAAGGGAGAUGUGGUGAUUCCUUGGUACAAUAAGAUUGUUGCCCAGAGCACUCCAGCUCCAAGCUCUGAUCUCAGUUCUGUUAGGUGUGAUGCACAGUCAAGCUGCCUUGCAGGCUCAACCUGUUGCCAUCUGUCCACCGGAGAAUGGGGUUGCUGCCCUCUUCCUGAGGCUAUUUGCUGUCCAGACCAGGAACACUGCUGUCCCAAAGGCUACGAAUGUGACUUGCAUGGACAAUCCUGUGUAAAAUCUGUCUGGCUGCAGAUGGACACUGUCCCACUCACCCACAUUGGUGGCCCAAAGCAACAGCCUCACAUCUCAAAAAAGGACAUUCAGUGUGGUGGGAGUUAUAGUUGCCUUGAUGGUGAGACCUGUUGUCCAACCUCUGAGACAUCCUGGGGCUGUUGCCCAUCUCCCAAGGCGGUGUGCUGUGACGAUAAGAAACACUGCUGCCCUGCCGGCUACAAAUGCGGUGAAGGUGGAGUUUGUACCCAAGCCACAGGCUUCAACUGGACCAACUGGAAACACUGGAGGGUGUUCUUCUCCAAAAAGAAACAACCUAUUUUUAUAUGAAAAACCUGAGUCUGUCCCGCACAAAUGUACCCCACAGUCCUAACUGUGUCAGUUUUUUUUAAUGCUACAUUCAUCAGAUUACUAAUCAGAAAAUCAGACAGAUAUUUUACUGCAUAAGAAGAAAUGUAUGAUUUUAUUUACAGGGAAAAGUUGUAUGAGAACUGAAUAAAAGAUGGUUAAGAUCUGUUUCCAGGUUUGCAGGUUACAUUUUUGAGACUUGACAUCAUGCAGUCUUAUGAUUAUGCUAAGAUGCUAUCUAUAAGGAAAUGUUUUAAAUUAACCUCUUCAGGUAAGGCAUCAUGUUUUCUGUGUAACUUCCAUAUUUGCAGGUCAGGUCUCAAUCUUCCUUAUUCCUAUUUCACAAUCGAAGCAACUAAACCUACAACUGAUUUCUGUCAUUUAAUUUUUUAUCGAUCUAGAUGCUUGCUGGUUUUUAACAGUUCCAGUGUUCAGUCCAGUCCAGUGUGAGAGAUGAUUGAAAUAUGAUUCCCAAAUAACAAUGUGGCCCAAACAAAAUCUUGUCAGUUCUUAAAGAAAUUUUAAAUAAAAGAGAAUUGUCUCUGUCUAUAUUUAUUCUCUUUUGUAUCUCCU